AUGAGCACUGGCUUUUCCCCUUUUCAGCUGCAUCUUGGGUGCUCACCAUGCAUGUUACCACCCAUUGUGGCAGACCCUCAAUUGGUGGACGAGCCAGAAGAUCAAAGAGUGAGAACCACACUGUCAAGAUUGGAACAAGACAUCAUGGAGGCACAAGACAAUCUGUUGGUAGCAAAAGCAGUGCAAGCGACCAAUACAAGAUCAUUGACAAAUGCAAGGUUGGCAGAUGAAAACAAUAUCUGGUUUGAUGGGUCAGAUUUGGCAAGGAAGAUGAUGAAUGGCUACCACAGAGGGAGCUGGAGGAUUGCAAAGCCCUGGAUGUUUGGGAGAAAGAAUGGUCUGAAGGAUAGUGGGAAAGGGUCUCAAUGCAUACUCGCUCAUAUCUUAUCUUCUUACCACCUUGUCAACCAUACACUCUUCCACAUUAUUGACUCAGGGUCUGACUGUGGAUACCUGGGUGGUGUCAAUGCAGAUUACUCAGGCAGUGAUUUGGAAUAUGAACCAGAUACAUCAGAGAGUGAAUGGUCUGAUGAUGAAAGCCUUUGUGAAUUUGGGGGUGAUGAUUUGGAAGAAAACUUGGCUGCUCUCAGAGCCAAGGCUGAAAGUCUUCAUGAUCACCCAAUGGCUGUUCCCAUGUUUGAGAAGAAGACAGCAGUAGAAUGGGAGAAGGCAGAAUGGAACAGGGCACUUGCAUAUAAUGGCCACUCAGAAUCUGAUGGUGAUGAUAGUGAUGGUGAUAGUAGUGGUCUUGCUGCAUGCCAAAAUGAUCAGCCAGCUGUUCCACCAUUGAAAUGGUGCAAGCUUGAUGUGCCUUACCAUGAGCAGAGAAGGCUGGUGAAGGAAACUCGACUUGAGGAGAUGAAGAAGGCAUUGGCUUCAAUAGAAAAGCUUUUGAAGGUGAAAAAAGCAUCAUUUGUUGGAGGUCCAAAUGGGUUGCAGGCAAAACAUGCACGCUCAAUCCAGAGUUACCUCACAAUGGUCAUCAAGAAGAAAUGUCUCUCCAUUGAUGUGUCACAGAGGGCAGCAGAAAGUCAUGGAUUUGCUGCAAACUGGGGUGGCCACCAAGUGUGCAGCUGGACCAGGCUGUGGGUGGCAGAUCACAGACUCCCUGAAUCUUUACAAGGUCAACAUGCAAAGGUGUACUCCCUUCUUGGUGAUCCCACCAUUGCCACUGAGCUGCGCACAUAUGUCCACUCAAACAAAUGGGUCAUAAAUCCAGAAAAGUUCAUUCAACUCUCACAAGAUAGGCUUAUCCCUGCUGAGGCCACAAAAUAUGCACAAAAACUUGUUGAGGAGGAGAUGCCCCAUGGUCUGAAGAAAUUGGUUCAAUUUACUGUUGGUGAUGUUGAUACUGAAGUGCCAGCCAAUCCUUCAAAUUAUGUUGAAUGUCAUUUGGUUCUCUGCACACAUGAUAAAAUGACAGCACAAGGCAAUGAUGCAGUUGGCCAGUAUUGGGUUUUUGAUGAUGAAUUCCAUCUGUGGAAAAAGCGAGCAGGUCAAGGGCUUCACCAAAGUGAUGUCAUCUCCUCCAUGGUCAGUCACUUGGUUGAAGCAGGAGAAACAAUGGAAUAUGGCAAGAACCAUGAAGGCUACUGGUGCGGUGAGAAUUUCUGCACUCAGCUUACUGAGAAAAUCAUCCCCACAUUUGAGCGUGCUCGCUGUCCCAGAUAUCAAGCACUAUUUCUCAUUGACAACUCUCAAGGACAUUCUGCAUAUGCUGAGGAUGCUCUUCUUGUCAGCUGCAUGAAUAUUCAUCCAGGGUGGAAACAGGCCAACAUGCAGAAUGGGUGGUUUAUCCAAGAUGGCAUUUGA